AUGAAUGACAAACCUAUGAUUUUUGUCAAGUACAAGGAUCAGGAGAAAAAGCUUUGUGUGAAAGAAGUAUCAUCCAUGGUCCUCUCAAAGAUGUACAACAUUGUAGUGAUAAUUGUACCUGUCUAUUUCAAUGAUUCUCAGCGCAAAGCCACCAUGGAUAUUGAUUAUAUUAUCAACCUGAAUGUUAUUCGUAUAAUCAAUGAACCUGUCGUUGCAACAAUUGUAUAUGGUCUUAAUGAGAUAAAUGAUUAUAUUGGAAAGCAAAAUAUUUUUCUUCACUUUGGUGGUGGUACAUUCGACGUGUCUCUUCUCACUAUUGAGAACAAGGUCUUUCGAGUUAAAUCGACUAUGGGAAACACUCACCUUGGUGGGGAGGACAUUGAUAAUAUAAUGGUGAACUAUGUUGUGGAGUAGAUGAAAAGGAAAAGUAAAUAGGGUAUAAAUGGGAAUCUACUAGCUUUAAGUAGGUUAAAAAAUGUCUGCGAGAAAGCAAAAAAUUCAUUGUAA